AUGGGUCAGCGCCUGAGUGAGGAGAGUGACCCAGACAAGGAAAUUGAUGUGGCAGAGCUGCAGGAAUGGUACAAAAAAUUUGUUGUGGAAUGUCCGAGUGGAACUCUCUUCAUGCAUGAGUUCAAGAGCUUUUUUGGCGUCACUGAUAACAAAGAGGCUGCAGAUUACAUUGAAAACAUGUUUCGAGCCUUUGACAAGAACGGCGACAACACCAUUGAUUUUCUGGAGUAUGUGGCAGCCUUGAACUUAGUCCUGAGGGGUAAACUGGAACAUAAGCUCAAAUGGACAUUCAAAAUGUAUGAUAAAGAUGGAAGCGGAUGCAUUGAUAAAACAGAGCUUCUUGAAAUUGUGGAGUCCAUCUAUCGACUGAAGAAAGCCUGCCAUGGAGAGCUGGAUGAAGAAUGCAAUCUGCUGACCCCAGACCAAGUGGUUGACCGGAUAUUUGAGCUUGUUGAUGAAAAUGGAGAUGGGGAGCUCUCGCUGGAUGAGUUUAUUGAUGGAGCACGGAAGGACAAGUGGGUGAUGAAGAUGCUGCAGAUGGAUGUCAACCCUGGGGACUGGAUGAAUGAUCGGAGAAGCAGUGCUGACUUCUAA